UACCUUUUGUUCAAACCAAAACAAAAGCAAAAAAAUAGUUUAGGUCUAGGGAAACAAUUAUAAACAGAAGGACUAUAUCACAAUGCUUAGUGUGAUGAAUAGUAUACGGUGGAGUUAAGAUUAACUGGACAUACCCCAAACAAAAUUAUGACACGAUUUGACCUUAUUGUCACUCAUUGUUGAGUUAUGUAUACAUCUUUUCCGGCCAAAAAACUAAAAACGCUGUUUGAAACUUUGAAGUCAACGCCAAGGAAUCAGCAAAAACCAAAGGAAAAAAAACAAGAAAAAAAGAAAAAGAAAAAAGAAAGGAGCUCUUUAUUUCCAAGAUAGCCGCAACAGAAGCCAGAGUGUACGUGGCCUGACACAACCGACCACUUAAAUUAAACCCAGUGGAAUUUGGAAGUCCUUAGUCAAAUACUCGCCAAACAUGCUUUUACUUUUCAUUCACUUUUAUUUCCUUAUGACCCACAUGACAGAAAUUUAUCACACACACCCUCCCUAGAAUAUGUUCUCUCUUUACACAUGUAUAUAUGUCCCUCUGCCUCUCCUCUCACAACAUAAACCCAGCCACUCUCUCUCUCUCUCUCUCUCUCUCUCUCUCUCUCUAUAGCUCUCUCGCAUUUUCCUUCAACUGAGCUAUAGAAAUGGCUUCCAUGUGUCAGAUGCAGAAUACAAACAUGAACCAGCAUGUCGCAUUUCCCAAAAACUUUCGGCCACAGUCAGGUUCUUUUGGACAGGUUUGUGUGCCCAAAAGAACCGAAACUGCUGCCGGUAGACAGACAAUUGUCGCGGCAGUAGGGACCGUGGAAGUAACCACUACUACUAGUACUAGAGCCAAUACGAAAACCACCGCCAGCACUCGUACUACUAGUAAUUUGGCUCAUCAAUGGAGAGAAAUUCAAGGUUCAAACAAUUGGGAAAACCUGGUGGAGCCAUUGCACCCACUUCUCCGGCAAGAAAUUAUUCGAUACGGUGACUUUGUCACCGCGUGUUACAAGGCCUUCAAUCUCGACCCAAACUCCAAACGCUACCUCAACUGCAAGUACGGCAAGAAGAACAUGUUCAGAGAGGUUGGGCUGGAGAGUUGCGGUUAUGAAGUCACCAAGUACAUCUACGCCACUCCGGACAUCAACAUCCCCAUCCAAAACGGCGAGUCGUGCGGCCGUUGGAUGGGAUACGUCGCCGUUUCAUCAGAUGAUGCAGUUAAGAGGCUCGGAAGAAGAGAUAUUGUAAUCACCUUCAGAGGCACAGUCACAAACCCUGAAUGGGUUGCAAACCUAAUGAGCUCAUUGACUCCGGCACGGCUUGAUCCUCAUAAUCCGAGGGACGAUGUGAAGGUGGAGUCUGGAUUUUUGAGCUUGUACACGUCAGACGAAAGCGAAAGCAAGUUCGGGCUAGGAAGCUGCCGGGAACAGCUUCUUUCAGAGGUGUCCAGAUUGCUAAACAAAUACAAAGGUGAAGAGUUGAGCAUAACAUUAGCAGGACAUAGUAUGGGGAGUUCUUUGGCUCUUCUUCUUGGCUAUGACAUCGCGGAGCUCGGGUUGAACCGAGAGAAUUCCCGAAGGAAAAUACCGAUUACAGUGUUUUCAUUCGGGGGGCCGAGGGUAGGGAACUCGGGGUUCAAGCAAAGGUGUGAGGAAUUGGGUGUGAAGGUCUUGAGGAUUGUGAAUGUGAAUGACCCCAUUACCAAGAUGCCUGGGGUUGUUUUCAAUCUCGAGAACUUUAGGGUUUUGGGAGGUGGCGAAUCGUUUGAGUUUCCAUGGAGUUGCUCAUGUUAUACCCAUGUGGGUGUUGAAUUAGUAUUGGACUUCUUCAACAUGCAAAACCCUUCAUGUGUUCAUGACUUGGGGACUUAUCUUAGCUUGCUCAAAUGUCCCAACAGAGUGCAGAUUCAAAAGGAGGGUGUGGAUUUGAUGAACAGAGCAAAAGAAUUGCUCUUGAAUUUGAAUGUGAGCGCUCAAAAUUUCAACAUGCAAGUGCCAAUCCCAUGGAGAAGUGCUUCUGCCAGAAGCACCAGCAAUAUGGUGAAGCUGCAAGUUCAAUCACAAAGAACAUAAAUAUUAGUGUGUUCAUAUAGAAAUUUUCUCAACUCCCCCAGCCUUGUAAUUUUGCUCAGGAAAAGGGAUUUUGUGAAUUACAGUCGUC